AUGCCAGGCAAGAUUCGACGUGUCGCCGUUAUCGGCGCCGGCCCAAGCGGCGCCAUCGCAACUGAUGCCUUGGUCAAGGAACAGGCUUUUGACACCGUUCGUGUCUUCGACCGGCGGGCCGUCCCGGGCGGUACAUGGAUCUACACUCCCCAUUUACCAGCUGCAAUCCCAUCAUUGCGCAAGCUUCUCGACGGAACCGCAGAUGCUCCCGUUCCUGUACCUGCCCAACUGCCAGCUCAGACCGACAAGUCCGAAGCAGUGAACAGCCACCAAGUUCGCUUCUCGGACACUGCCCAGCAUGAGCAUCUUCACACCAACAUCACCCCUGAGAUUAUGAGUUUCACGAAAGAACCGUUUCCUGAUGUCCUGACUCAGAGGAUCCGAGAGAAGUACGGUGAGGACGCUCCUUUCCGCGGCCGCGAGCAGAUUCGAGAGUGGGUGGAGAUUAUUUUCGUCAAGAACGGCCACGAGCAUCUGCUGGAAUUAAGUACAACGGUUGAGCUUGCUGAGAAGAGAGGCGAUGAGUGGGUACUCACUUUGAGAAAAGAGCUCCCUGGGAAGGACCAGUGGUGGCAGGAAACCUUUGAUGCGCUCAUAGUUGCUACUGGUCAUUACAACAUUCCAUGGAUUCCCGAUAUCAAGGGAAUUGCUGAGUAUGAUGAGAGGUUUCCGGGAAGAAUCGUCCACAGUAAGCACUUCAGGGGCUCGGAAAAGUACAAGGGCAAGAAGGUCAUCGUCGUGGGAGGAUCCGUCUCCUCGCACGAGCUUCUCCACGAAGUCCUGCCAGUUGCCCAACAUCCGGUCUACGCCUCUCUACGCGGCGACCCUAUUCCUCAUUUCGGCUGGGAACCAUUCACGCAUCCUCAUAUCUCCAUCCAGAAACAGAUAGUUCACUUCUGCCACAAGACCGGAAACAUCACAUUCGAGGACGGCACGAAAGUGAAGGACGUAGAUCAUGUCAUCUUCGGCACGGGAUACACCUUCAGCUUCCCGUUCCUACCGCAAGUUCAGGAGCGCCUGUUGCAAGCUGAUCGUCGGUUGCCGGGGGUCUACUACCAUACUUGGGACAUCGAAGACCCAACUCUCGCUUUCCUGGGCAUGUGCGGAGGCGGCUUCACGUUCCGUCUCUUCGAGUGGCAAGCUGUUGCUGUUUCUCGUCUCCUUGCCGGGAGAGGAAACAAAUUGCCGCCCAAAGAAGAACAAAAGGAGUGGGAGAGAAGGCGCGUGGCCGAGCUUGGGGGCGGUAAGGCAUAUUACACUAUUGCGCCCGACUACAAGACUGUGUUUGAGUAUUUCAGAUCCGUUGCCGGAGAGCCAGCGCCGGGUACGACAGGUCGAGUGCUGCCCCCAUUUGAUGAUAAUCUUUUGGAAAUAUGGGCUACCAUGGGCACUGCAAAGACCAAAUCCUGGCAGGAUUCGAGGGAAAAGGCCCAAGAAGCACUGGAAAACCAGACGAUUAGGCCUCGACUUUAG